CUCCAGUAAAUAUUCAACCAGUGCUUUACUAUAUUCUAUGACUUCAAAUACCAGGGUGAUUUAGUGUCUAUUUACGUUUAACAUAAAUCCUAUAACUUUUCGGACUUGCAUUUCUCAGUAGUGAAAGCAUGGAGGAAGAUCGGGCACAGGCUGAUCUUGGCAUCGCCGCAGAUAUCGAAGAGGCCCAUGCGCCGCCACCAUCACCCCCAGCUCGGAAACAACCAAAGAAGCGAUUCGUAGGACGAAGAGCCGCUGCAAGUAAUGCUAAAAAUGGUUCUGGUGAUCUAUCGAUCGAGGAUAGCGGGGCGAUUCAAGUAUCGCAACCGAGAAGAGCACCGAGACUGCUUAAUCAAGUGCCUCCGGAGAUCUUGAAUGACCCGGAGCUCAAGGAGGCAAUGGCGUUAUUGCCCGCCAACUACUCCUUUGAGAUCCCCAAGACUAUCCAUCGCAUCCGGUCUUCAGGCGCAAAACGGGUUGCGCUGCAGAUGCCAGAGGGACUCUUGAUGUUCGCCACCACUAUUUCGGACAUUCUUACCCAGUUCUGUCCUGGGAUAGAAACUCUGAUCAUGGGCGAUGUAACCUACGGCGCUUGCUGUAUCGACGAUUACACAGCGCGGGCUCUGGGCUGUGAUCUCUUAGUUCAUUAUGCGCACAGCUGUCUUAUCCCCGUAGACGUUACGAAGAUCAAGGUGCUCUACGUCUUCGUCGAUAUCAGCAUAGAUACGUCGCAUCUGCUGGCUACCUUGGAGCGAAACUUCGCGCCGCCCAAGACCAUCGCCAUAGUCGGGACCAUUCAGUUCAAUGCUACCAUCCACGGCGUUCGAUCGACGCUAGAAAAAGCCGGCUUCAAGGUCCUAAUCCCUCAAAUCGCGCCGUUGUCCAAGGGCGAGAUUCUAGGAUGUACUUCUCCGCGAUUAUCCGACUCUGAGAAUGUUGAUCUCAUCCUCUAUUUGGGAGAUGGCCGCUUCCAUCUCGAGAGUAUUAUGAUCCACAAUCCUGCGAUUCCAGCAUACCGUUACGACCCCUAUUCGAGGAAGCUUACCCGCGAGACGUACGGCCACGAGGAAAUGCAAAGUCUACGGAGGGACGCUAUUACGACGGCGAGAGGGGCGAAGAAAUGGGGCUUGAUACUGGGCUCGCUUGGCCGCCAGGGCAACCCGCACACGAUGACGUUAAUCGAGAAGAAGCUUAAGGAGAUGGGGAUCCCCUGGGUCAACUUACUCCUGAGCGAGAUUUUCCCCGGAAAGCUCGCCAUGAUGAGCGAUGUCGAGUGCUGGGUCCAAGUUGCCUGUCCCCGGCUGAGUAUCGACUGGGGCUACGCAUUCCCGCGACCGCUGUUGACGCCGUAUGAAGCACUCGUUGCGCUCAACGAAAGGCAGGACUGGAGCCAGAGCGGCGUCUAUCCCAUGGAUUAUUAUGCGAGGGAGGGGCUGGGAAGGACGAAAGAGAUCGAGGUGUUAAGUUAAUAAAUAAAUAGUAACUACCUACCUAGGUACAUAUGGCAUAGAGUCAAUAUACAUGAUGAAGCUCG